CUAGCAUACAGACCUGUCACUCUGUCACACCUACAGUCAUGGCUCCCUGUUCAACCAACUUCUCUUUCCAGCACUUGAGGUUCGCAGAAAAAGACAUUAAGAUAAGGAAACCCAUCGUGGAGAAGAUGCGUCGGGAUCGCAUCAACGGCUGCAUCGAGCAGCUCAAGCUCAUCCUGGAGAAGGAGUUCCACAAACAGGACCCCAACACCAAGCUGGAGAAAGCCGACAUCCUGGAGAUGACCGUGAGCUUCCUGAGGCAGCAGCUGCAGCCAGAUCCAUCUCAGAGGGACUACGGCGAGGGUUAUUCACAGUGUUGGAGGGAGUCUCUGCAGUUCCUGUCCGGAAGCCCUAAGAGAGACACCACUUCCAUCAUCACCUCGGCUGGACCUCUUCAGGGGCUCCAGCAGCAGCUCUCCAACCAGGUCCAGAGAUCCAUCCAGCAGCACCCAGUGGUCCAUUCCACCUCCCCAGUCUCCUCCACCCUCCGACCCACCACUAACACCAACACCACGCUCCAGGACACAGGAGCUAAAGGCCCAGUCUGGAGGCCCUGGUAGAGAAAGACGGUGGACUGAAGUCAUUCGAAAACCUGAGGGAAACAAUGGACUGUAUGUCCCUCACUGUGUAGGAAAUAUGCAUUUCCAACCUGCUCAAACGUUGUGUGUUUCCUGAGCUCUUAUUUUCUCAUCACAUUGAUGGACAGAUGUGUGUGGCACAUUCGUGGCAUAUUUGAUGUGAGGGUAGUCACUUUUUUGUGAAGGAUGUUUUUUUCUCUUACUUGUUUUAUCAAAUUAGAUUUUCAUUUGCAGUGAAGAAUGUUACUGACGAUUGAGUUAUGAUCUAUUAUUGUGAAAUGUGCAUUUUGUUUCUUACUCCAAUGGAGUCUAAGUGUUAUAUAACAGAUGCAACAGCAUCUACAAUAGGCUACUGUAUUUUUUACAGCAAUUCUUUGAGGAUAUUUCUCUAUUGUUAUUCAUUGUUUUGUUACCUUACGGAUGUAUCUUUUAUAAAAGGCAAUAGUAUGUUGGUAUGCUUUGUAAUAGUACCGUUAUUGUUUUAUAUUGCAUUUAAAGAAGCUCUUAAAACUAUGUAUGACAUUUGUAUGACAAUAAAACUACAAUCAAUUUUAAAUAAAUAAUAACCUUUUGUC